UAUUCGAAUGGGACCUCUGAUCCCUCGUUGGGAGUGAAGGAAAAGUCUAGUAACUCAUUGACCGAAACACAUAGAAGACUCAUGCAGAAUAGAUACGGACCUCCGUCCAAAGGUCCUUUCGAAAUAUAUAUAUCCAAAGUAGUAGACAACCGUAUCGAUAAAAACAUUAUCAGGAGCGAAAUAAAAAUUGGCAAAAUAAUGGCUAGACUUUUUCCGACAUUGUGGAGAUCCGCGAUCAAUCUGAAAUCUAUUGGAACAUAUAAAUUCUCAGUCUCCUUCCCAGACGGGGUAGCGGCCAAUAAAAUGGUGGAAAACGUCCGUCAUGGAGGAGAAGGCACCUCCUCAUUACAUAAACCCAGCUACCGGAAAUACUCGAAGUCAAGCAUAUUCACAAGAGGAUAGUUGAUCCUGCCGAUAAAUCCAAGUUCGUUUAUAUUCCAUCCAAUAUGAUAAUGAUAACAUUUGCAGGCCUAUCCGCUCCCAAAGCAGCUAUCUAUUUUGGGAAAAAGAUCAGAUUUGCACCAUAUAUACAGAAAGUAAAGAGAUGCAACAAUUGCCAACGUUUCGGUCAUAUUGAGGCUCAAUGCAGAGGUGGAUCGAGAGCCAUGAUGUGUGCAACCUGUGCGAGCAAGGGACAUCAUUCGAAAAGUUGCUCAUCAUCUCAUCUGGCUUGUAUAAACUGCCUGCGGAGGAAACUUCCCUUCCCUAAUCAUAGAACCAGCUCGGACAUAUGCCCGACUUUCAUUGAAAUCGAAGAGCGAAGAUUGUCAUGGCGAAGUUGGGUCUGAAUCCAUCUGAUGCCAUGGCGUUCUAUAAAUCCACUGGGCAUCGUCUACCAGACAAAUGGUUCGAAA